AGGAAACCAACAAAACCCAGAACCCAUUUGGUUUGCCUGAACGAGAAAUUCCAAUUGGGGGUGUGAUCGUGGUGGUGUGUUUUAGCGAAUUGGCCAACGCAAAUCAAACAAAAUAAGCGAAAAUGAACAUGUUUUCCGGAUUAACGAAUCAAGUGACCUCGUGGAUUGGAGCAGCCAAGGGCGAACCGCAGGAUGAAGAAGUUCCGACACCCCCGAACUCGGCUGCCACCACUGCGACAGCGACCACUUCCGCUGCUACCGCAGCAACAACUGCAGCUGCAGAUGCAUCUGGCGCAGCAGCAGCGGGCGGUGACGGUGGUGACAAAAGCCCAACCAAAGGUGGUGUAUUUUCUGGCGUAUCGUCGAAGGUAACGGGAUGGCUUGGUAAUGCUUCCAUCCCCUCGAUGCCCGCUAUACCGACGGUCUCGAUGCCCGCCAUGCCAGCGAUGCCUUCGAUGCCCUCGAUUCCGGGACUGCGGAAGGCGAACCAGACAGACGAAAACGGUGGCAUCACGAACGAGGGUCUGGUCACGUCGCCCGAGAAGGCUAGUCAAGGUAUUGCCGGCUCGACGGAUGCUGCCGAUGAGGAGGACCGGUCAAGGUAUAUUAGCAGACCGCAGGAAAGUGCCACUGGAGGAGCUGAUUCACGUCCCGCUACCGGCCCCGGAACCCCAACUGAAGAAAAUGCUGGACAAAUUGGACAAGUCACACAUAAAGUCACCGCUGGUGCUAAAUCGAUUGGUUCGUUCCUGUACUCUUCGUUCAACAAAGCUGGUGAUAAGAUUAAACAUUUAAAAGAUAACAGUAUUUUGGGCGAAUUUAGCAAGGAACAAGAGGCAUUCAUCAAAAAUCAACAAGGAGGCGGCGGUGCCGGUGCAUGUCCGUGGACCGGACACGCUAAUGAGGCAAAGAUCAAGGAGGAAAUUCUCAGUUUGUCAGCUGAUCGCCGAAAUUUCGUCCGAGCACCACCAGCAGGUGUUGAGUUCGAUUUUGAUUACGAUUCGUCUUACCCAGUUGCAUUGGCCAUCAUGAAUGAUGAUAAGGAGCUGGAAAAGAUGCGAUUCGAAUUGGUUCCCAAAAUUAUCACGGAAGAAAACUUCUGGCGUAACUACUUCUAUCGUGUAUCCUUGAUAUGUCAAGCGGCCGAUUUGGGUACAUUGGGCGAUAAUAAUGAGUUCGUUAAACGAGGCGCUAGUGAAGACACAGAGGAUAGCGAACGAACUUCAUCUGUUGGGUCAAUGCUUAAUCAAAGCGGCGACGUAAGCUCGACUGCUUCCAGCCCUGAUGAGCAGGUUGCUCCAGCACCGAUCACACCCGAGAAAAUACAAGCGACAAAAGAGAACACUAGUCGUACCGUUAAUGAUUUGCAAUCAGCUACCAGUGGUGCCGUAAGCAACGUUAUACCGACGAGCAAGCAUACACACAGUGAGUUCAUUUCUGACAGCUUUCAUACAAACGAACAAGAUCUGGAGGAGGUGAAAGCUGGCAUGAAAAAGCUCGGAAUCGAUAGUCUUGCCCAACAGGCAAAUGAAUCGAUCGGGCAUGAAACCGAGAAAAGCGCCUAAAGAAAGUAUAGUACGAUACAAAAGUAAAUCUACCGUAAUCGCACUUAUUCUUAUUGUAAAUGAUGGAUGGGAGGUAUCUAAAUACGGAAAGCAUCUUAUUACACGUUGUAUGAUAUAAAGACUAACUUUGGAGAACGUGAUGAAAAGUGCGGGAUGGUGAAGAUACAAAAAAAAAACAAACGAGGCAAAACAGCAAGAGUAAUUACAGAUAACUGAAACACAUAAUACUGAACUUCUUCUUAAAUUCGAACAACAGAACAACUCUACCAGUAUCUAUGUUUUCGCGCCUAAAAAAAACACGAAGUGUAAGAGAUUAAACUUCAAUGCGAAUCUAUUUAAAAAUAAAUAAUACAAACAAACAAAAAAACACACAUAUGCAACAAAAAAAAGGACUAAUGAACACGCGUGCGGAUAAAAUGUUAAUAAUAACAUAUAACAAAUUAUACACGCCACUAAAAAUGUAUAUCGAUAUCGGGUGGUCAAAUAUUGAAAUUAAACAACAAAAAACCGUAAAGGAGAACUCAAACACAACCACAACCGUUGGCCGCAGGGAAGACACACAAAACACACAGUCACUUACAAUAAAUCAUGAUUAAGAAGAUAAUAGAGGAAAAAAAAAACAACCCUAAAUAAACCCACGUUUAAGCUAGUUAUACACGCGGUAGUCGGCGGAAGAUUUCACGUGGGGUUUCGUACCAGUCCCGAAGCAAACAAAACAGAAAAAAAAACUACACAUAUUAUAUUAUCGGAAUCAAUUAGUGACAAUUUCUCGACGAAUGACAAUUAGUGCGUAAAUGGCAGUACCGGAAGGAACAGGCACACACACAAACAUUCCAGCAGCAAAACGAAUUCGUAAUACCGAGAGACACCCGUAUCUCCUUUAGACAAAGAGGCGCGCCACGUAUAAAUAAAUUUACCACAAACAUCGACCUGUACUUACGUUAGUUAUACCUAGCUAUGAUAAUCUGUUCAAAAAAGUGAAACAUUAAAACCAAGCAUAUAGAGCAAAACCAAAACACAAAACAAACAAACCAAAAAAAAAGAUAAGGAAAAGAGAAUCUUAUAUCGAGAAAAAGAUAUUUAUUGUUGUUGUUUCCACUGCUUAGGGAAUCUUUAUGUGAAAAAAAAACAUGGAAUUAUGGAGAAGCAGACACAUCAAUUCAUUACCCUCGCCCGCCACUUACAUGCGAUCGGUAAGUGAGUAGCAUAAUUGAGAAGAGAAAAACAAUACUCAAAUCUUAUCUACACCUUAUCCGGGAAAACACUUUCACAUUGUCUAAAACUGUAAUCAACCACCGCCCGAGACCCUCUUAUCGAUACAUGCAAAGCAUACCAAUCUUAUAACUCACGAUACCAAGGAUCGGACGUAAUCUGAAAAUGCAACAAAACAAAACCCAAAAAUACCACAAUACCUAACACAUUACUCAUUCAAUAAGUGUUCCUUUCUGUCUAGAUGUGAACUGUCUUUCUUUACUUCCUCGUGAGUCAAGCGUGAAAUUCCGACCGCAGGAUGGUUAUGCGUGCAUUAUCCAUUGACACAUUAUAGGAUGUUGUUAUAAUGCUAAUUAUUCGGCUGUAAACUUGCCAUUAUGAUGAAAGCAAUGCAAAUCUGGCCGGUAACUCGUUGAUGGUUCCGAUUUCAGUUGAUGUUAGGGCAACUUUAUCUUUACCUGUCGGUAACCUAAUCAAACAUCACAGCGAUCGUUAUUCGUUACUGUGGAAGGAUGGCAAAAAAGAGUUAUAUAUUAAAUUUUAUGUGUUACUUUACGUUAACUAAAAGCUGUACAGAUUGUACGCUAAGGCAACAUUGUAAAGCAAAGAUCAAAAGGUGAAGCUGCUUGGUGUGGCACGUUUUCCGUUCAACAAUCAUCAAAGCUGUUGUUUUGCAGAUAUAAUGUUGCAAGUAAACAUAAUGGUAUCUUUUGUGGUUAACCCUUUUGAAGGGAUGAGUUGUUAAAACCGAAUGCCAAGUGAUUUAUUCGUCGAUUCAUUUCUCAUUACCCUUUUUGUGUGCACUCUGUGUUGCCAUUAUGAUUCGUUAUCUCAUAACCCACCGAAAAGACGUUACGUUUAACAUGGCAAUGUUCUAUUCCAAUUUCAUGCUGCCAUUCUGUUCCGUAGUAUCAGUUGUUUCAUGUUUCCUUAAUACUUUUAUUACGCCGAUUGAUACUAGUUACGUCAAUCGUAGUAAAGGGGUGGUGCGUUAUGCGUUUAACAAAACAAAAAAAAAAGAUUGGUGUCGAAUAGUGAGGGAGUUGAAAAAAACAAAUCUGUAGCAAUAAGAUAUGUAUAUGGAUGUUAAAGUUGAUCUUCCAUUUUUCAUGUAAAGCAUAUUCAUGAACACGCUUAUGCCUCUGCAUAAACAUUAUAUGGCACUCACUGAUAGUGCUGCGGUCUUGUCGGUCUCUGUUAUCAUAGUUCUUUGCUUGGUGAUUUAAUCAAUAGUUUGUUUCAUUCUAUUAAUUACUAUCCACAACGAAAGAUAAUGUUGUGCCGCAUGAACGAACAAUGGACGGUACGGAAUGAUCGUUGUACCGUUGUUUUUUUUUUUGUUUGUGUUAACUUUAUCCGUUGUAAUUUCUUCACGGCAAUGUUUAACCUUAAUAAGGCGCAACGCGACAAGCUAUAGGGUAUCGUAGAACCGCAAAACCGAAAUUUAACCCGACAGGCACAUGCAGCGCUAAGCAAACAAACAAAAUCAGACACAGACCCACAGAAACAAUGUUACAACGUAAUAGCUACAGCAGCAGCAUCAGCAGCAGUCAGUAUUCAUACCAUAAAUGCUAGUAUUGAAGAGAUAAAUCAGAGUUUUCGAUGUUAUGCAUUUGCGUUGAUUCUAUUCUAGAUCAGUAUAUUUGCACUUUAUGAAUGCGUGCGAUGCGCUAUAACAAUUAUCAGAAAGACGGCGACCGUGCGAUCGUAUCAGCGACCGACCGUGGUUUGAAUAUUGUAAACGGGAAAAAAAACCUCAAACCCAAAUUGGCUAAAGCCAAUAGCAUCUGGUACCAUUUCCAGUUACCCCAACAACGAUCCAUGCAACAGCAACAGCAUCCCUCUCUCUCUCCCGCUGUUGUUUGGCACGACACUACAACAUCUGUCGCAACAUAAAAGAAAAUGGAAGCAACCGUGUUUGCUGCUCCAGCACGGAAUGCAUGCCAACGAUGCCAACGAAGGGAAUAUCAAGGAGAAAAUGGCGAUGUAACCGGACGGAAGCGCGCGUCGUAGCUAUGGUUUAAAAAAAGAAUAUAGGCAAAAGGAUGUGUAAAGAAAAAAAGCUACAGAGAUAUGACAAUACAACCGAAAAACGUGAUGCAACAUUAAACAAAAUGAAUCAAGAUGAAGAUAAAAUUGUGCGAAACCAAAGGAAACACACAUAUAUUUAAACGUAACGAACAAAAACAUCAAGUAUGUGAAAUGGAGUUCACCCUCGUAUCUAAUUCUCCUUAUGCCCUCAAAAAGAAGCAAACCAAACAAAAAAAACUGUUCCUCUCUGUAUGUAUCUGUGUGCGUGGUGUUAAGAAAUUAACAAAGCUAACAAAAAAAAACAAAUCCAGUAUCCACAAAACUAAUGAAGAAAAUAAAACAAGGAAGAAGAAAACAUAAAAGGAACCACAUUUAUCGAUCGAUUCCGGUUCCAACGAUGUAAAAUUGGAAAACAUUAAGGACGCUAAGGGUGUGACGUGUUUAGGGAAAAACCGAGAAAAGAGAAUGAAUGCGUGCGUGCUGACCGUUUAGUGAAGAUUUAUUUAACGAAGGGAAGCGAUCAAACCGCUAACCGAGACAUGGGAUCCACUGUGAGGCACAUAUAUAGUAUUGGGGAUGAAGUAAGGAUGUUUAUUUUUCCGGUGUAAAAAAAAGUAAUUCCUAACAGCCCAUCUUGCACUUUAGUUUUAUAACUUCACACCGACCGUUUGGUUUCUUCCUGGAAUUGUUUUGCUUGCCACGCUUUUCCCGGACGCAAAACAAGGAUGUCCUGCCACAAGGAAACAUAAAGUUGUGUAGGAAAGUGUGGGAAAGUAUACAUAUGCAAAACCACGAAAGCUUAGUUAGUCCGUUGUCUCUUACUUUUUUCCCUUUCCCUCGUUACGUUCUUGCGUGUCCCGUCACUUGCGUAGUGCCACGAUUUAUUAUCGAUCGGAUUAGUCAAACUUGCAAUCAUGAUAACCUAAGAAAUAAUACAAAACAAAAGAAAAAAAAUAUAUCGAUCACUGGGGCAAUGGAAUGUGGGGUAAACGAUCAAUCGUUUCGUUCGCAAAGCAAACUAAAAAAAUGGACCGCGCUAAUCCUCACGCCAAGGAUAUAUGCGAAGCGAUUAUGAUGUGGGACGGAUAAAGCGGAAGGUUGCCUUCGGCAUUAAGAAUCAGCAAGAACAAAAAAACAGCAAAACGUUAUACUGGAAAGAGGAAAAAGACACUCAGAAAACACACACACUAAACGAAGAUACAUAUAUAAAUACACCAAACACAACUUAACAAACAAAAUGAACAACCAAAAAAACAAAAACAAUGGGGAAACAAUAUAUUGGACAUUGCUGCACACAUUUUCACAAACUAGUGAAACACGAACACACACACGAACACAAACACUCACACAUGGAGACGAUUAUUCUGUAUAGAGAAAAUAAAUUUUAAGGCAAUUAUUGAUUCAAACCAAA